AUGAACCUAAUCCCCACCCCACAAUUAUUAGCGCAAAUUAGCCAUUACUCACAAAACAAAGGGGGCAAAAAUUAUUGUUUAUUUUUGCUAGGAAGUAAGGCGGGAUUGCGAGUUAGUGAAGCAGUAAAUUUUAAUCCACAAUUAGCCAGCGAACACAACUUUUAUCAAGUAAAAAGCAAGGGCAAAGAACGCUUUGCUUAUGUUUCAGAGCAAACUAAAAAAGAAUUAAAAAUUAGUGCUAGUAUUGAAUUAACGUCCCACACUCUACGUCGUUGUUUUGCUACUUACCACGCUAAUAAUGGGGUUCCGAUGACUGUUUUACAGCAAGCCCUCGGGCAUUCUAGCAUUAGAACUACCGCUUUAUAUUGGCAGACUAAAACAACACCGCCUAACUUUCCGGAAAAUGGCACUAUCCCUCGGGAAAUUUCCCCAAGUCCAAAAGCCAUUCAAGCACCAGCCAACAAUUUUAGUCCAAUAAUCAGUAAAAAUCUCGUUCAAAUUCAGCCAGAAAAUAGUAUUCUGAUAGAAAAUCAACUAAAAGCAAGAAAAAUAACCAAGCAAAUACAAUUAUCCGAACAAAGUGAGUUAAUGAGAUUAAGAAAGGAAAAUCAACAAUUGAACUUUGGAAGCCAACAAAAAUCAAUCAUGACUAAUAUUUUUAUCGCUACUUUAUCGAUCUUAAAAUUGCCGUUAAAAUUAUUGACAGGUUGA